AUGGCCACGACAAUGAAGCAAUGGACCGUAGCCGGCCAGUCCGGCUUCGACGACCUCAAGCUCAACGAGAAGGCCUCAGUGCCUCAGAUUGGCGACAGAGACGUAUUGGUAAAGUUCCACGCCGCCUCCCUAAACUACCGCGACCUCAUCAUUACCAAAGGCCAAUACCCAUUCGGCGUGAGCGACAACGUCGUCCCAGCCUCGGACGGCGCAGGAAUAGUUGAAUCGGUCGGCAAACAGGUGAAGAAGUUCAAGAAGGGCGACAAAGUCUUGACGCUUUUCAACCAGGGCCAUAUCGCAGGCUCCCUGGACGCACAAUCUCUGGCUGGCGGCGUCGGUGGUGUGGUCGACGGCACCCUGCGCGAGUACGGUGCAUUUGAUGAGCUUGGACUCGUGCCCAUGCCGUCGAACCUCAAUUUCCUAGAGGGUUCGACGCUCACAUGCGCCGGCUUGACGGCUUGGAACGCGCUAUACGGGCUCGAGAGCAAGAAGCUCAUGGCUGGCGAAUGGGUCUUGACGCAGGGCACGGGCGGGGUGAGCAUCUUUGCUGUGCAAUUUGCCAAAGCAGCUGGCGCACGCGUGAUCGCGACCACUUCGUCAGCAGAGAAGGGUAAGAAGCUGAAGGAGCUCGGGGCGGACCACGUCGUGAACUACAAGGAAGACCAGAACUGGGGCGAGACGGCGAAGAAGCUCACAGGCGGCGUGGGUGUCCAGCACGUCGUCGAAGUCAGUGGUCCAACGUCGAUGAAACAAUCGCUGAAAGCCAUCGCGAUCGACGGCGUGAUCAGCAUCAUUGGCUUCCUCGGCGGCGGCAAGGCAGAGGACGCGCCAGGUUUUCUGGACACUUUGAUGAACAUCUGCACCGUCCGAGGUCUGCUGGUCGGCUCCAGGAUGCAGUUCGAGGAGAUGAACAGGGCGAUCGAGGCGAACAACAUCAAGCCCGUGGUUGACUCCACUGUCUUCAAACUCGACCAGACCAAAGAUGCUUACCAAUAUAUGUGGGAUCAGAAGCACUUUGGGAAGCUGUGUAUUAGCUUCGAAUAG